AUGGUCACAAGACUAAGAGCUGGGAUUUUAAAGCCAAGAGCCUUGGCUAGUGUUGUGGAAGAAAAGGAACCAAGUGGUCUCUUAGAAGCUUUAGAAUCAGAUAAUUGGAAGGAAGCCAUGAGAAGUGAGUAUGAAGCAUUGAUCAAGAACAAGACAUGGUUUCUGACCUCACCUCCACAAGGAAAGAACAUU